CCAUCUGAAAGCUCAACAACGAAAUCUCAUCUCAUCCCACGCGGCGUUCGCAAGAAAGCCACACUCGGACAGCGAGACGAUGCUUUGUUGCGCAUGCUCUGCGACGACUCCAAGACCAACGAGGUCAAGGAGUUGCACUUUCGCAAGAUUUCUCAUUCAAUGAUUGACUGGAAAGACGCUAAACACAUCCGUGACAUCAACGCGUGGAGAAAUCAGAUCUAUGGCCGAGCUGGGCUGAAGGCUAAGGAGGUUGUAAUGUGGCACGAAGAGGAGGAGCUGUGGUUCGAGCUAUACUUCCACUUAUCCAUUGCAAAGUCUCGGACGCAUGGAAUCCUACUGCCAAAAGCCAAAGCGGUAUUGGAUGCAUUCAACGAGACAUUCGUCGGAAGCGUGUUGAAAGACAAGAAUGGGAAUGAACUUGAGGCUCGCGGCGAGCGUCAACCAAAUGCGUUCACAUCCAAAUUCAACCGAAUCUGUCCACAUCUGAGAUCUCGGCUACAGCAAUGUGUAUUUGGAAAGUCUGGUGACACCUUUGUUCCCAAGGUCACGCAGGCCAUGCUAGAGAAGUACCAGCAGAUGAAGGCUGAGAUGUUUGCCAAGGGCAUCACCAGCGAGUCAGUUUACUCCGACAACCUCCAAGAGUGGCAGAACUUCUUUUCGCAUCUGCCAAACCAUAACGCCUUCGAGAUGCCUGAGGUGCCCAAGGAUUCGGUGAACACUAAGGAAGAUGACGCUGCUGCUACCCUUAUCAGCCUUGCUCACCAGCCCGUUAACAUUCAAGAGUCC